UAUGGACAGUAUUAAUACUUCUAUUGUUGAGCAUGGAAUUGCUAGACUUGCUUUUCAUGAAGCUUCGUAUAGUUUAAAGGGACUAUUAACAAAUGACAGCGGUUCUACGUUUGCAAUUUGUGGAACACCUGCAUCAGAUGUGGAGAAUUCAACAGACAAGAAAGUACAAAUAACAGUUGUGGAUGAUGAAACUGGUGAUAAAUUUUAUAUAAAAGAUGUUAUCAUAAAACUUGUACACGAGGAAGGAAUUGUUCAAAAGAGUACUCCAAAAAUUGAGAUUGACACGACUGGAAUUAAAUUUUCGAGUGAUGAAGUUUUGAUUGGGAACAGGUUAUUUAACUAUUUAGCUGAUAUAGAAAUUCAUCGCUAUUUACAACCAGAUUCAAUGAAUACUGAAAGUUCUACUAAAGAAGAUCGUUGGGUUGUCCAUGUUGGAAAAAUGCAUUUAAGAUUGGUAGCUUCAGAAAUGAAAUUUCCUCAAAUUAAGCGAAGUUCAAUAUCUCAGCCAGAUGAUACAGUUAUUGAGUGGGUACAAAAUGAUUUUCUUGUUUGA